ACGGAGCCCCGGAGGGGCCGUGGAUAAAAAAAAUAAUUAAAUCGUGCUCACGAUUUGCUAUUCGUGCUCACGUUUUCUUUAAAUCGUGCUCACGUUUUGCUAUUCGUGCUCACGUUUUCUCUAAAUCGUGCUCACGUUUUGCUAUUCGUGCUCACGUUUUAUUUAAAUCGUGCUCACGAUUUACUUUAAUUCGAGUGAACGAUUUUUCAGUUCGUGCUCACGAUUUGAAAGCAUGCAAAAAUAAAAAAGUUCCCCCAGCCUUUUUUUUCCAGUUCAUUCGCAACACAGGCGUUGUUCUCUCCAGACCGGGCAACAUACAAUGAUGAAAAAUGGAUGAAGAACUGAAGAGCUUCUUAAGAAAAAGAAACAUUGAAGAGGAAUGCAUACAACAACUUGAGAAAGAAAAGAUCGAUACGUCUGUAAUCCCUUUGAUGGCUGACAAAGACCUUGCAAAAUACUUUCCAAAAGCUGGAGACAGAGUGUCUGUUGUUGCAUUCUGUCGACAAACAGACACGUCAGUUGACCCCAAACUCAGAAAGGAGUCUAUUUUAGCACGGUUGCGACGUAGACUGUCCCCAAGAGAUGAAGACACUGGCACUCCAUCCAGCAAAAAAAGAAAUCUCUGGACGGGUAAUAAAAGUGCACAAAAGCAGCAAAGACGAAUAGAAGUUGGAUGGAUGGAUUUUGAUGCAAAAGAUCAAAGAUACAAGCAAGUAAAAUCAAUAAAUGGUGGUGGGACAAGACAGCUCACAGUAGACAAAGGGACAACUGUGGAAGAAAUUAGAGAACGUGCUGAGAGUUUGUUUUUCCCGAAUGGGGUGUCCAAGAAGAAAAAGCUGGCUUCCUUCAUCACAGAAAUACAAUCAUCUCAAAUUGAGGUCAACAGCUCAGAUACUGUCAUUCAGUUAUAUGAGAAAAGUGGAGUAAGGCUGCUGAGACUGUAUCUCUGUACAAAAGUAAGGAGAGAUACACCCACUGAAGACCCAGAAGACCAACAUUCCCAGCCAACCGUUGACCUUACAGGCAGUGAAGAUGAACAACAAAUUGGUGAUGGAUGUGAGGAAGAUCUUGAUCUGGAAGUAAUUUUUGGAGCAGGCGAGAAUGAUGGUGUAUCAUUAGAUGACACCAUACCAUGUGAAACUCCAGUUGAGCCUCCUACAGUCCCAGAACUCCAGAUAAUCCUGUCACAGACGUCAGAGGGUCCUGUUCCUGUAAUACAAGGCCAUGAAAUAAACCAACCACAGAUGCCAAUGGCCACUGUUCCUGUUAUACUAGAACUUGAAGUCUUCCAGUCACAGAUGCCAGUGGACCCUGUUCCUAUAAUGCCAGAACUUGAAGUGAACCAGCCAGGUGACCAUGUUCCUGCAAUGUCAGAAGUCACAAUGAUUCAGGAGCCACAACUGCAAGAUGCUUCAAACACCACAGUGAUGAAUCUAGUUCAUGUGUCUGCAAUACCAGAUGUCAUUAGGAUCCAGGAGCCAUUGGUGCAAGCUGCUUUGGACACUACAGUGCUGCAUCCUGUUCAUGUUCUUGGAACUCCAGAACUUACAAUGACUGAGCUGCUACAUACGCCAGAACAACUGGUACCUGAUUAUCCUGAACCUGCAGCUGAAACCCUAAUCAUUCGUCGAGGACAUUGUCUCCUUGACCUGAUUAAUGCUUUCAAAAAUCCAGCCAUUCUACACUCCAAGGUCUCCAUUAAGAUGCGUCUUCCAAAUGGAAAACUUGAAGAAGGGGAAGGAAGUGGUGUUUUAAGGGAUUGCUUAACAGAAUUUUGGACAGAAUUUUAUGAGAGAUGCACUUUGGGCAUGGAUGUGAAAGUUCCCCUUAUUAGGCAUGACUAUCAGUGUGACGAGUGGCAGGCAAUUGGCAGAAUUUUUGUAGUAGGAUGGUUUCAAGCACGCUACUUCCCUGUACAACUGGCCGCUCCAUUCCUAGAAGUAGUUCUGUAUGGCACAAGUGCAAGUAGCCUAAAGGAUGCAUUUUUGCAGUAUGUCUCUGCACAAGAAAGAGAGAUCCUUCUCAAUGCUUUAAAACUUUGA